CGCGGCCGCCGCCGCCUCCUUCCCGGAGCGCCGUGCUCGCUCUGCGGCGGGCCGGGCGCGGCCUGAGGGCAGUGGCGCAUGGCGGGUUGAGCUGAGCUGAGCGGAGCGGAGCGGAGCGGAGCGGCUGCCCAGGGCCAUGGCCCUCGGCGGCAGGGCGGUGCUGCGGUGGGGGGCGCGGCUGCCGAGCCCCCGCGGCGCCGCCGCCGCCCCGCUGUGCCGUGCGGCCUGGCUGCCCGCGUGGGGCGGGCGGCGGUACAGCUCCCGCGGCGAGGAAAAAUUAGAUAUGUCGAUGUAUCCUGUUGAAAGCAUUAGAAACUUCAGUAUUAUAGCUCAUGUAGAUCAUGGCAAAAGUACACUAGCAGACAGAUUGCUGGAAAUUACAGGAACAAUUUCUAAAACUGACCGUAAUAAGCAAGUGCUGGAUAAACUGCAAGUGGAACGUGAAAGAGGAAUUACGGUUAAAGCCCAAUCUGCAUCUCUCUUUUACAAUCAUGAAGGCAUAAACUACCUCUUAAAUCUUAUUGACACGCCAGGGCACGUAGAUUUCAGCUAUGAAGUAUCGCGGUCACUAUCUGCCUGUCAAGGUGUCAUACUUGUAGUGGAUGCAAAUGAGGGUAUUCAGGCUCAGACAGUGGCAAACUUCUAUCUUGCCUUUGAAGCACAGCUUUCAAUAAUUCCUGUCAUAAAUAAGAUUGACUUGAAAAAUGCAGACCCUGAAAGAGUUGAAAAACAAAUUGAGAAGCUGUUUGAUAUCCCUACAGAUGAAUGUAUAAGGAUUUCUGCUAAACACGGAACAAAUGUUGAAAAAGUUAUUCAAAAGGUCAUUGAGAAGAUCCCACCACCCCAAUGUAAUACUGCUGAUCCAUUGAAAGCCUUAGUAUUUGACUCUACCUUUGACCACUACCGAGGUGUUGUAGCUAACAUUGCCCUCUUUGGUGGGGAGAUUGCAAAAGGGCAUAAAAUUGUGUCAGCACAUACAAAGAAAAGAUACGAAGUUCAUGAAGUUGGAAUUCUGACUCCAGAUGAACAGCCAACACAUAAGCUCUAUGCAGGACAGGUGGGGUACCUGAUUGCUGGAAUGAAAGAAGUAGCGGAAGCCCAAAUAGGAGACACACUGUUUUUGUAUAAACAGCCAGUGGAGCCUUUGCCUGGCUUUAAGUCAGCGAAGCCAAUGGUUUUUGCAGGAAUGUAUCCUAUAGAUCAAACAGAAUACAAUACUCUGAAAAGUGCUUUGGAAAGGCUGACAUUGAAUGACUCCAGUGUAACUGUUCAUCGUGACAGUAGCCUUGCCUUAGGAGCUGGAUGGAGAUUGGGUUUCCUUGGUCUUCUACAUAUGGAAGUCUUUAAUCAACGUUUGGAGCAAGAGUAUAACAUGUCUGUUAUUUUGACUGCACCUACAGUUCCCUAUAAAGCUGUUCUUUCCUCAGCAAAGUUGAUAAAGGAGUAUGGAAAAGACCAGAUUACUAUUAUCAACCCUGCUCAGUUUCCUGAUAAACUUUCAGUAUCAGAAUAUUUGGAGCCAACUGUUCUUGGUACUAUUGUAACACCUCAUGAAUAUAUUGGGAAAAUAAUUACGUUGUGUCAGGAUCGUAGGGCAGUCCAGAAGGAUAUGUUGUACAUUGAUGAAAACAGGGUUAUGCUAAAAUACCUCUUUCCACUGAAUGAAAUUGUGGUGGAUUUUUAUGAUGCUCUUAAGUCUCUCUCUUCUGGCUAUGCAAGUUUUGAUUAUGAAGAUGCAGGUUACCAAUCAGCAGACCUAAUCAAAAUGGAUAUUCUCCUAAAUGGAAAUCCAGUUGAAGAACUGGCAACUAUCAUACACAAUGAUAAGGCACGUGCUGCUGGUAAACUCCUGUGUGAACGUUUAAAAGAGACUAUUCCUAGACAGUUGUUUGAAAUAGCCAUCCAGGCUGCCAUUGGCAAGAAAAUCAUUGCAAGAGAAACGCUGAAAGCUUACAGAAAAAAUGUUGUGGCAAAAUGUUAUGGUGGAGACAUUACAAGAAGAAUGAAGCUUUUAAAGAGGCAAGCAGAAGGCAAGAGGUUGAUGAGAAAAAUUGGCAAUGUGGAGGUUCCAAGAGAUGCCUUUAUACGUGUUCUAAAGAGAGAAACUGACAAAUAGAGAUCGGUGACAUCUGAUCGUUUGCUCAGCUUUUUACAGACAGUAGCAAAGUGAGCUAAUUAGUGAUUUAUCACUGUGAGGGAACAUACUUGACUUCAAAUAGUAUGAAUUUGUGGGGAAAGAUGAAUUGAAAGGACUUAAAAUGUACAUAUACUUGUAGAUUAUUAUGAAAUUAAAGUUACUUGACUGCAUCUAAAA